AUACAAAAAAGCUGGUGUAGAAGCAAUUCUAAUCAAUUCAAUUUAAACAAUUCAAGUAACAAUGUCAGAUACGGCUAGCAAUACAAGCAGCAGUUUCAGCAGCAACAAUGCUCUUAAGAGAAAGAACGAAGAUGACGAAGAAUCUACUAGUGAACUUACCAAGCGAGUGGCGUUGGAUAGCGAACAACUAGACCAAGUUGAUAGGCAAGAGGAAGAGAGCAUUACCGCACCAGCAAUUGGUGGCGGUGAAGAACAGCCUGAAGAUGAAGAAGACGAAAGCGUGGAACAACAACAACAACAACAACAACAAGAGGAAGCUGAUGAAGACCAACCAGAACCUACUCCAACAGAAAAUCAACACGAGGCUGAACCACAACCGCAACCGCAACUAGAACCAGAACAACCACAUCAUGAAGAAGACGAACACUACGAUCAUGCUGCCGAGUCCACCUCUGAACACGCAUCUUCUAAACCAGUUUCCCUGUCCAACCAUCGUGACCUGGAUCCUACCUAUGUUCAAUUCCGAAUGUAUUGUCCCGUUAAAGAAGCCAGUUGUAUUGUGGGUAAGAAGGGAGAAAAAAUUAACUACCUCCGUGAAAAAGCCAAUGUUCGUAUCAACAUCAGUGAUAAUAUCAAGGGCGUUCCCGAACGUAUUGUCCUGGUUAAAGGUCUGUCGGAAAAUGUUGCUCGUGCCUUUGGGUUAAUCACUAGGACAAUUUUGGACGAGCCGGAAGAUGAACCAGCAUCAAUGAUGAGUCAACAAUAUAACCUUAAAUUAUUAGUGCCUCAUCCUAUGAUUGGGUUUAUUAUCGGAAAGCAAGGAUUGAAAUUCCGUGAAAUUGAAGAAAGCUCGGCUGCCAAGUUACGAGCAGCUGAACAACCAUUGCCUUAUUCUACUGAUAGAGUUUUAUCUGUGACCGGUGUCGCUGAUGCUAUUCACAUUGCCGUGUAUUAUAUUGCUCAAGUUAUGAUUGAACACAAGGAUUGCUUGAAGAAGAACAAAAUUGUUUACUAUAAUCCAAGUAACUACCACCAUGGAAACAUUUCCAGUAAUAUGAUGGCAUUGGGAGGUGCCAACAAUAUGCAACAGCCUCCACCACAGCAACACCGCAAUGAUCCGUAUGGCAUGCCAUAUGGCCAACAAUCGAUGCCAAAGCCACCACAACAAUCAGCCAGUCCGUACAAUUUCCAAACCAUGUUCCAACCCGCUAUUUAUCCACAACAACACCAACCACAACUACAACCACAAACCCAGUAUGGAAUGUCUAGUUCAUAUGGGAAUAUGGGGAUGAAUAUGGGUGGCGCUGCCGGUGGUAUGGGUGGUGCCAGUAUACCACCGCAAAACCAAUAUAUUGAUGAACAUGGAAAUACAAUUGUUGGUGAUGUCAUCACCAACCCACCAAUUCAAGCUGGUCCAUCACCAGAUAAAUUCAACCAAGAUGUGUUUGUUGCCAAUGCCAAUAUUGGUAGUGUUAUUGGGAAAGGUGGGAACAAUAUCAAGCAUAUCCGAGAAAACAGUGGAUGCAGUUAUGUCAAGAUUGAACCUGAUCGCGGACAAUCGAUUAUGUUGGGUGGUGGGAAAGGUUUAACCAAUAUCAGAAAAUUGACAUUGACAGGACUGCUUAAUUCCAUCCAAAUGGCAAUCUACUUGAUUAAUCAGAGAAUUAAUCAGGAUAAGGAAAGAAAUGCCCCUCAUCACUAGGUGAAACCUCAAACUUCUUUCAAGUGUUAUUCUGAUGUUACUACUACUGUCUUAUCAUCAUUCCGGUUCCAAUAUUUGGCUCUAACAAUUUGGUUUCUACUACUUGGUUUUCUAUAUAACUUUUUUUUUUUGUUUUAUGUAUUCUGAUAUAAAUUCUAAAAGUCUAUCUUUUCCU